UCCGUGUCUGUUUGUUACUUUGUUCCCUAACGCAUUCUCACGUUCUCGGAAACCCCCGUACGAUCUCGGGGUUGACGAAGAGCGUAUUCCACGAAGAAGCAAAACGACUUUUAGCUUUGUAUUUGUAUAUUGACUGAGAUUUCCGUGGAAAAUCAGAAGGUUUCUAUCGUUCUUUGGAUCACUGUUCGCCAAUCGGAGAUUCUGACAGUGUUGUGAGUUCAUUGAAUCGUCCGAUCAUGGCGUCGCAGCAGCAUUUGGAGAAGAUGCAGCUUCGCCAGAAUUUCCGCAAUCUCUGGCAUACUGAUCUGAUGGGCACCAUUCAGGCUGACACCCCGUAUUGCUGCCUUGCCUUCUGGUGCGGGCCAUGUGUAUCCUACUUGCUUCGCAAACGAGCUCUUUACAAUGACAUGUCAAGGUAUGUAUGCUGUGCUGGUUAUUUGCCAUGUAGCGGCAGGUGUGGUGAAAGUCGGUGCCCUGAAUUUUGCCUCGCCACUGAGGUUUUCUGCUGCUUUGGAAACUCAGUGGCCUCUACCCGCUUCCUGUUGCAAGAUGAAUUUAACAUUCAGACAACAAAGUGUGACAAUUGCAUUAUUGGUUUCAUGUUCUGCCUUCAACAAAUUGCUUGCAUUUUCUCCAUUGUUGCGAUGAUUGUUGGAAGUGAGGAAAUUUCAGAGGCUUCUCAGUUACUGUCUUGUUUGGCAGAGAUGGUGUAUUGCACGGUUUGUGCAUGUUUGCAGACACAACACAAAAUCGAAAUGGACAAAAGAGAUGGCAAGUUUGGCCCGCAACCAGUGAUGGCAGUGCCCCCUCCUCAACAGAUGUCACGAAUUGAUCAGCCAUUUCCUCCUUCGGUUGGAUAUCCACAGCAGCCAGCUUAUGGCCAGCCCUACCCUUAUCCUCCUCCUCCUCAGGCUCAAGGCUACCCACCUGCAGGUUAUCCUCCACCAAACUAUCCACCACCUGGUUAUUCUAGGUGAUUUAUAGCAUUCUCUGGAAAUUGGAUUGCUAGCCCAUAUGAUUUUUUAGCUGAGUUUCAAGUGAUUUGCGAGAUGGGCAAUUCGCGUUAAUUGCUAUAUUUGCUGUGUUAUACAGUAAAAGAACCGGUGACUUGUAUUCCAUUAAUAUCUGUUGGAGAGUUCAGAAACUAAAGUAGUUCUAUUGUGCAAAUCAAAGAAGCUUGUGUAACUUCUGAAUCGUUUUGUUGAAUUAUCUUGAAAUAAGGGUCACCUAUGUUCUGUUAGAAA